AUGCAAUUCAAACACACCCAGCGCGGUGACAGCAUCGCCGUCCACUACCGCGGUACGCUCGCCGCCGACGGCACCGAGUUCGACGCCAGCUACAACCGGGGCAAGCCGUUGGACUUUACCGUCGGCAAGGGGCAGGUCAUCAAGGGGUGGGAUGAGGGUCUGUUGGGUAUGUGCAUUGGUGAUAAGAGGACGUUGACGAUCCCGCCGGAGUUUGGCUACGGGGAGAGGGCCAUGGGGCCUAUUCCGGCGGGGAGCACGCUCGUUUUUGAGACGGAAUUGGUGGGGAUUGAGGGGGUGACGAAGGAUGAGCUGUGA